AUGAGCUCCUCAAACUCAUCGAUCGACUACUCGCAAGAGGACAAAUACUGUCGGCUUCUGGUGCCGGGCAACAAUUUCUCGCGCGUUCCCGAGCCGCCCGACACCCUGUCUUUGGGCGGAAUUGCCGUCGGAAAUGCGACGAUCGUCGGCGGAGCGCUCUCGUUUUACCUCUACUCCGUCGUCUUUCUGUGUCUUGUCAAAUGUUUCGGACCCGAGGAACGAUCGAGAAAAUAUCUGAUCGGACAUUUGGUCGGCGCUUUUUUGGCCGCGUUCUCCACUUCGCUCCUCAUCGAUUUGGCCAUUUUCGACGAUUCCAAUGUGAGUUUCAGCGCGGAAAAUUGGUCAAAUUUAACGCGAAUUCGACGUACUUUUAAGAAACCUGACCUAAUUUCUAGGAGUUUUUUGAGGAAAUAUUUUGAGGAAUAUGACCUGGGCACGGCGACCAAAAACGUAGAAAGGGGCGUGGGGCCUAGCGCGUACACGGUUUAUCACCAUUUUGGCGCGAAAUUCGAAAUUUAACCCUAUUUUUCAUGUUUUUCGUCGAAAAUUACCCGAAUUUUGUACGAUUUCGACGAUGCGAUUGCAUAACUUUGUUAAGCUAAUCAUCGCGCACUUUUUGAGACCUUAAAACGAGCAGGUUUCAUUCAGAGAAUGAAUCAAUUAAAUCGAUUUUCAAGUUUUGUGCUGAAAAUGCGCGAAUUUCAGUCAUUCGCCGAUACUUUUUGCCGUUUGAACGUUUAAAAUACUUGUGUUACCAGUGCUUAAUCACUUUCGACACUCACUUCUUUCUCAAAACUAUCCAGAUCGGCCGGUAUGAAAAUUCCGAAAUUGCGGCGGAGAGCGUAUUGCGAAAUAUGCCAAAAACGUCUCAAACGCGGCGUUUUCACGAAAAUUUCGAUGUUUUCUCUCUUUAAUGUGCUCUUCUUUUGUCGCUAUCAAACACAAAAAUAUCGGAAAAGUGUGCUGGAAUUGCGGCAAUUUUCAGAAAACGCGUCUCAGAUUAGGCCACGCCCCUUUCUACACUUUUGAGCGCCGUGCGCUGGGUAACAUAGUUUUUGAGCGUUUCUGUAACUCGGCUCAAAUCCCACUUUUGCAGUUCUUCCUCUUCAUGACAUUCGCCUUUUUCACCGUCCAAAUGGCCGUCUACUGCCGCAUCAUCGCGCGAAAAACGAAGCUCCGCGUGCCGCACGACAUCAUUCUGAUUCCGAGUUGCAAAGGAUGUUGCCAGUGGAUGGCCAACAUGUUCUCCAUCUUUGUCAUCCAGACUCUCAUCCUCUUUUUCAUCCCCAAACCCCCCGCCGUCGUCUGCAACUACUCUUUCCUUCUCAAAUUCCUCCUGUUCGCCCUCCUCUCCACCGCAUUCUUCUUCUCCGGAUUCUUCUGGUUCGCCGACUUUUGGGACGUGCUUUGGGCGGAACGAUUGGAGGAAAUCAAGGAGCAGAAAAGUAUGAUUCGGAAUCCGAAAGUUUUGAUCAAACGGAACGGCGCCUGGGUGAUUGUCGAUCGACAAAUCGAGAUGUACGAGGAGAGACAUCGCGAGAAAUAUUGA